GGACUGGCGCUCGCUUGGCCUCUGGGCUGCCCGGGGGCGCCGGCCGGGACGUGUGGGAGCGCGGAGCCGCCGCGAUGGCCAGCACCAGGAGUAUCGAGCUGGAGCACUUUGAGGAGCGGGACAAAAGGCCGCGGCCGGGGUCGCGCCGAGGGGCGCCCAGCUCCUCCGGGGGCAGCAGCAGCUCGGGCCCCAAGGGGAACGGGCUCAUCCCCAGCCCGGCGCACAGUGCCCACUGCAGCUUCUACCGCACGCGCACCCUGCAGGCCCUGAGCUCGGAGAAGAAGGCCAAGAAGGCGCGCUUCUACCGGAACGGGGACCGCUACUUCAAGGGCCUGGUGUUUGCCAUCUCCGCCGACCGCUUCCGGUCCUUUGAUGCGCUGCUCAUCGAGCUCACCCGCUCGCUGUCGGACAACGUGAACCUGCCCCAGGGCGUCCGCACCAUCUACACCAUCGACGGCAGCCGGAAGGUCACCAGCCUGGACGAGCUGCUGGAAGGUGAGAGUUACGUGUGUGCAUCGAACGAGCCAUUUCGUAAAGUUGAUUACACCAAAAAUAUUAAUCCAAACUGGUCUGUGAACAUCAAGGGUGGGAGCACCCGAGCUUUGGCUGCUGCUUCCUCAGUGAAAAGUGAAGUGAAGGAAAGUAAAGAUUUCAUCAAACCCAAGCUAGUGACUGUGAUUCGCAGUGGAGUGAAGCCCAGAAAAGCCGUGAGAAUCCUUCUGAAUAAGAAGACGGCUCAUUCCUUUGAACAAGUCUUAACAGAUAUCACUGAAGCCAUUAAACUAGACUCAGGAGUGGUCAAGAGGCUGUGCACGCUGGGCGGCAAGCAGGUUACUUGUCUGCAAGACUUUUUUGGUGAUGAUGAUGUUUUUAUUGCAUGUGGACCUGAAAAAUUCCGUUAUGCCCAAGAUGACUUUGUCCUGGAUCACAGUGAAUGCCGUGUCUUGAAGUCAUCUUAUUCUCGCGCCUCUGCUGUUAAAUAUUCUGGAUCCAAAAGCCCUGGGACUUCUCGCCGCAGCAAAUCACCAGCUUCAGUAAAGAGGGCUGGCCACUACUCCAGUGCCUAUUCUACAGCCAAAUCCCCAGUUAACGGAACUCCCAGCAGCCAGCUUUCUACUCCUAAAUCAACGAAAUCCUCCAGCUCUUCUCCAACUAGCCCAGGAAGUUUCAGAGGAUUAAAGCAGAUUUCUGCACAUGGCAGAUCUUCUUCCACUGUGAAUGGUGGACCUGAACUUGACCGUUGCAUGAGUCCUGAAGGUGUGAAUGGAAACAGGUGCUCUGAAUCAUCAACUCUGCUUGAGAAAUACAAGAUUGGCAAGGUUAUCGGUGAUGGCAAUUUUGCAGUUGUCAAGGAAUGCAUGGACCGGUCUACUGGAAAGGAAUUUGCACUAAAGAUCAUAGACAAAGCCAAGUGCUGUGGAAAGGAGCAUCUGAUUGAGAAUGAAGUGUCAAUACUGCGUCGUGUGAAGCACCCGAAUAUCAUCAUGCUGGUGGAAGAGAUGGAGACGACCACAGAGCUCUUCCUGGUGAUGGAGUUGGUCAAGGGUGGCGAUCUCUUCGAUGCAAUUACCUCUUCAACCAAGUACACCGAGCGGGAUGGCAGCGCCAUGGUGUACAACUUGGCCAACGCCCUCAGGUAUCUCCAUGGCCUCAGCAUUGUGCACAGAGAUAUCAAGCCUGAGAACCUCCUGGUGUGUGAAUAUCCUGAUGGAACCAAGUCUUUGAAGCUGGGGGACUUUGGGCUGGCCACCGUGGUUGAAGGCCCUUUGUACACGGUCUGUGGCACCCCGACUUACGUGGCCCCCGAAAUCAUCGCUGAAACUGGCUAUGGCCUGAAGGUGGACAUUUGGGCAGCAGGUGUGAUCACAUACAUACUUCUCUGUGGAUUCCCACCAUUCAGAAGUGAGAACAAUCUCCAGGAAGAUCUCUUCGACCAGAUCUUGGCUGGGAAGCUGGAGUUUCCAGCCCCCUAUUGGGAUAACAUCACGGAUUCCGCAAAGGAAUUAAUCAGUCAGAUGCUUCAGGUAAAUGCGGAAGCCCGAUGUACCGCAGGACAGAUCCUGAGUCACCCCUGGGUGUCAGACGAUGCCUCCCAGGAGAAUAAUAUGCAGGCAGAAGUAACAGGUAAACUCAAACAGCACUUCAACACUGCGCUCCCCAAACAGAACAGCACCACCACUGGGGUCUCCGUGAUCAUGAACACGGCUCUAGAUAAGGAGGGGCAGAUUUUCAGCAGCAAACCUUGUGCGGACGGCAGCCGGCCUGGGACGGAGCCCACCUGUCCAGCCCCCCCCUCGGCGGAGGCGCCCCCGGCGGCCAGGGCCCCGUCUCCUGCCGCCCCCUGCCCCCCUGCGGCCACAAGCAGGGAGCAGGCUGGCACCUGGCGCCGCCACCGUGACUGAGACCAGCGGCCGGCCUGGGGUCCCCCAGCGAAGGGCCUUUUCCUGCUGGUGGCCCAGCUCAGUGUCCCGCACCCCCAGGGCCGCGGGGGAGCAGAGCGAGGGCGGCCCCUGCCUCGGGCCCUGGCGGCGGCCUGGACAGGGUCAGCCUGGGGACGGCUGUCGGGAGCGGCUCGCUCUAGCUCAUCUGUGUUUUCAUUUCGACGGACGUGUUACUGCAUCACCAGGAGAAUGUGCAACUCGGAGCCAGCGUCGAAUGCAUUUUUUAUAGAAACCCUUUGGAUGAAGCGAGACUUCUCCCUGAUUGUACUAAACUCGGGUGCUCCCUCUUUUCUUACAAAGGAAUCAGAACCGCGUUGUCCCGUUGUGGGUGUUUUGCGAGCGGAGCGCGGCACCCUCCCUGCUGCGGCGGGGACUCACUGUCCACCACGGGAGGACACGAGAGCGGGGGGGACGCCUGGCUCGGACGCUGGCGACUCGGAGGUGCUUUCGGGUGCCCGCGGCAGCCCGGCUGGCGCGCUGACCACACCGCGGCUCCUUGCCUGUGCACAGCCCACGGGGGAAGGUCGCUUUCUCCCCUCGGGUGGUGCAGCCCCCGCCCUCCCCCUGUACGUAUUAGGAAACGCUGACGAAGCUGCCCUGCGGGCUUUCACGGAAGGCUUGGCACACGCCCGCUCCAGCUCAGGGCGCUGCCCCCAGGCCUGCGCCGGAAGGCGGCCGCCAGCCUCCCGCAGCGUCUGCUCGUCCUCGGCUGGGCGACGCCCGGGCCGCCGGCGGUGAGGUGCUCCGGACACCCUCUGUGACUGACCUUCUGGAAGGCUGCUGGCAGCUUUUCCUCCCCCACACCCUGCUCUUUUUAAUAAUUGUAUAGAAUCCGUG